AUGGCCCAAUCUACCACGCCAGGCUUCGACAAAGCCUUCGCCCAAACUCUCUGCGAUCUCCAAGUCCCCAAAGUCAUCAAAUUCUCCCCCAACGGCCAACAACUCUUAUACUCCGCCAGUCUCAUCGGCGGCCACCGCAAAGGCAAAAACGCCCUGUCAACACUCUGGAUCGCAUCAUCCACUGAACCAAACUCAUCUCGUCAGCUUACAUCCGGUCUCUACAACGACACGUCGCCGAAAUGGCACCCUGAUGGAAACAGAAUAGCGUUUCUCUCAGAUCGCGCGAAAGUUGGUGAAUCUUCGGCGAUUUACAUGCUUAGAAUGGAUGGUGGUGAUGCGAUUCCUAUAACUGAUGUUGAGAAUGAGGAAGAUAUUGAGAGCUUUUUGUUUUCGCCUGAUGGCAAGACUAUUGCGUAUGUUUCACCAGAUGAGAAAUCGGAGGAAGAGAAAGAGAAGAGUGAGAAGGAUGAGCUUGAGCCUGAAGUCUGGGGCGAGAAAUGGGAUUUCGCAAGAUUAAGGCUCGUUGAUUUAGAGACUCAUGAAAAGAAGGUUCUCGUUGGUGGAGAGACUCACGUUGGGGAGCUUUGCUGGAGUCCUGAUGGCAAGAAGAUCGCUUUUAUGAAUACGGAGAAUCCUCAUAUCGAAGAAGCAAUGUUGACAGGCACGACCAUCUCAACCGUCAAUGUCGAGACUGGCGAAGUCACGGAGCUUUGCAAGAUCAUGAAUGAGCCGUAUGAUCUUACCUGGGCGCCUGAUGGGCAGAUAUAUUUCAUCACCGGCGUGCCUGCUGAUAGGGACUCGGGAGGAAGGGCUGUCUACAAAACUGAUCCCACAGCCGAUACUCACGAUUUUGUCAAGGUUGCAUGUGGUGUUGACGAUGAUGCUGGAGGUCUUCAAGUCAUUGGUGGUAAGGUCCUUGUGAACCGACAGGUUAGGUUUGUCGAUGUCAUCAGUGAACUUGGAGGUGUUGAUCUUUUUGAUGAGAAGAAGGAGCUUUGGGUUUAUGAUGUCUUCAUCGACCCUGAGACUGGUGCUGCGACUCUCGCAGCCAGUUUGUCAGAUGUUGGAACUCCUUACGACAUCUUCGUUAUCGAGAAAGGAAAGGACAAGAUUAAAAUCUCCAACCACGGCCAACCACUUGCAGGCAAAUCCCUCAGCUCAUGCACAGUCCUCACAUGUCGCUCCAAUGACGAUGAAGUCGAACUCGACGGUCUCUACCUCACUCCAACCCCCAAAGCAAACCCUAGUAAAGCACCAACUGAACCCCUCCCAACAUUCGUCCUCAUCCACGGCGGUCCAACAUCUCGCGACACUGAUUUAUUUGACACCACCUGUUUCAACUGGGCUCCGUACAUCCUUUCCAAAGGCUAUGGCGUUCUCCUUCCACAAUAUCGUGGCUCAAGCGGUCGAGGAGAAAAAUUCGCUUCGUACAGUAUGGGAGGACAGGGAAAGUAUGACUACGCUGAUGUUGUGGCUAUCACCGAUAACGCUAUCAAUAAGGGUUUUGCGGAUCCUAAGAGGCUUCUUGUUGGGGGUUGGAGUCAAGGAGGUCUCUUGACGUAUCUGUGCAGUGUGCGCAAUGGUCUUCAUGGUCUAGGAUGGCGUUUCAACGGAGCUAUCGCUGGAGCAGGAGUGUGCGAUAUUGAAAGUCUUGCACUCACAGCUGAUCUAGGAUCAACGUACGAGAUCGAACUCGCGGGUGGUGACACAAUUUGGACUCUUAAGCGCGAUGACACAAGGAAUCGACAGGGCAGUGCGCUCUGGGAAGUCGCCGCUGCAAUGAAGCAUACCAAAGAAACAGGGGAGAUGGUUAUACCGCCUAUGUUGAUUCUUCACGGUGAUAAAGACGAACGAUGCCCGUUUUCACAGGCGGAGGGGUUUAGAAGAGCUUUGAGGCAUUGGGGGCUGAAGUACGAGUUUGUCAAGUUUCCGGGGGAGGGGCAUGGGAUUGAACAGCAGAGGUUUUGGUUUGAUAUGUUUGAGAGGAUUGGGAGGUGGUGUGAUACGUACAUUGGGGAUGGGGAAAUGAAUUUGGCGAUGAGAUGA